CGAUCAAUCACUACUACUCACUUCACACCAAAUGACCGUUCGACACAGGCAGCUCUGUGGUAUUCACUCAAUAAGACUAUACAUCCAACACAAAUGUCACGACUUCAUGACCACCCAUGGAGCAUCAAUUGGCGUAAAGCCUUGGUCUCGGCGCCCAGGCUCGUCCCAGACCUGGCGUUGAAGUAUACCAACCCGGAAGGACCCCAUCCCAUCACCAUCAAAGUCCCGUGCAGGACUUCAAAUCGGACCAUCCCCGUAUCCGUCUUCAUCCCACCCGAUACCUCUGUCAAAUCUGGGACGACGCAUGUCCCCGUUGUGCUCGACCAUCAUGGAGGAAGCAUGAUCCUGGGUACGACGGCGGAGCAGGCACCGUUCUGUGCGAAGCUGUGUCGAGACCUCGGAUGUAUCGUCAUCAGCGUGGAUUACGCUUUGGGGCCUUACGAGCAGUUCCCCAAGGCCAACCACGAUUGCGAGGAUAUCGUCUAUGCCGUGUUGGACGCGAAACGACCGGGUUACCGAGAACUCCGGAAAGGCAUCGCCGACCAGCUCGCCAAACACAAGCGUGCUGCUCUGGACAUCGAUACUACACACGUAGCCAUUAGCGGUUUCUCCUCGGGUGGAAAUCUGGCCUUGGAGCUGGUGCUCGAUAUCAAACCUCCUACCUUGCCCGAAGCUUGGCCUAGCCCAUUCCCCGUCGCUCAUGCGGGUACGAUCCCCGUCCUCCUGUACUACCCUUCUCUCGACGCAAGGCUGUUGCCCAACGAACGUCCUUACCCAGAAGGAAUGGAGCCCAAGGUGCAAAAGGGAAUCGUUAAGAAGCUCGACUUGGAGACGCAUCUCAUGCCGACGUAUUUGCCGAGAGAUCAGGCGGCUCAUCCUCGAGCUUCGCCUGGUCUGGUGCCCAUCUCGGCCUUGCACCCGAAAGCUGAGAUUCUGCUCUACCUCUGCCAGCUAGACACCCUCUCGACACAAUCGCUCGCCUGGAUAGAAGCCGUCAAGGAGGGCAAGCGGGACGCAGCCUUGAAGGUCGUCACGGCCAUGGGCGUGCCUCACGGGUUCAACGUCUUUCCCGAUGCGUGGCUGAAGGAGGAGCACCGAAAGCUGAAGAGGGACUCGUACCAGUUGGCGGUCGAUUUCAUCAGGGAAAAGUGGCAGAUGGGUGGGCACCAACAGACGGGUGCGCACAGCGGGGCGAGAGAGAAUCUAUAAUUUAUUGCAGACACGGUUGGAAAAUGCGUCUUUGUACCAAAAUAUGCGUCUCCAUGUAGCAAGUCUAGGG